GGGCCGCGGUCCGAGCCGGCCGGCCUCGCCGCUCCGCUCCGCUCCGCUCCGCCGCAGGUACUUAUGGGACUUUUUGACCGUGUGUGUCGGGUAGAGGCCAGGAGGAACUGGGGCAAGACUUGGUUGAGAAGCUAGGGGGACAGAAGCCAGUCAAGUUUUCCUGACACCCAUCAACCAGGCCCUGGUCACCUGGUCUCAGCCCAGCUUUGCCUGCCUUGCCGUGUGAUCUUGGGUAAGUCAUGACUUUGUAGCCAGCCACUGGGUUUUCCCAGAUGUUUCCUGUGGAGGCUAAUGCUGAGCUUCCUUGUGCAGCCGUGGCCUGGCUAGGAGGGCAGUGGUUAGCCUGGAUUUGACCAAUGUGGGAAUGGUGUUGGGGAGGGGAAGGGAGAGGUGGAGGUUGUCUUUAGCCCCACCCUCUGGUGACAUCACACAAGACAACCUCCAGUCCCUGGAAGCCCCGCGCUUAGUGACCCUCACCUGUGGAAGUACCGCAGGUGCUUGGCAUCUGGAGAAUUUGCCCAGUCCCACAGCAGAAUCCAUCGGCCCCCAGGCUCGAGAAAAUUCCCUAGAUGAACACAGAUGGCGGCAUGAACACAGGAGGAAACAGCAGGGGCUGCUGUGUGGAGCCUGGACUGGGGUGGAAAUGGCUGAGGUAGUGAGCCUCCUUAAUUAUUCCUCGGAAAUUUACUGAACAUCUACUACAUGCCAGGCACUGUUCGAGGCACAUGGGAUACAUCGGGGAGUACAGUCACGGGAUCCUCGCUGAGCUAGCUCUUCCUUAGGACGACUCCUCUCUUCUGAAACUCAGUGUGGGGACAAGGGGGCAGGAAGGAGGGACUAAGAACUGGGCUUCCGAGCCUCCCAGCUGCUGCUGGUGGUGCCAUCAAGGGUCGAGGACACCAGUGUCCUGACUUUGCUCUGGCCUCUCUCCCAGCUCCCUGCCUGGCCCACAGCCAUGGCCACGAUGGUGGCCCAGAAGCUCAGCCAUCUCCUGCCCAGUUUGCGGCAGGCCCACCAGGAGCCUCGGCCGUCUAGGCGGCCAGAGCCCGUGUUCACAGUGGACCGUGCCGAAGUGCCACCGCUCUUCUGGAAGCCGUACAUCUACGUGGGCUACCGGCCGCUGCAUCAGACCUGGCACUUCUACUUCCGCACGCUGUUCCAGCAGCACAACGAGGCGGUGAACGUGUGGACCCACCUGCUGGCAGCCGUCGUGCUGCUGCUGCGGCUGGCCGUCUUCGUGGGGACCGUGGGCAUCUGGGGAGACCCGCACGCGCUGCCCCUCUUCAUCCUCCUCCUCGCAUCCUUCACCUACCUCUCCUUCAGCGCCUUGGCUCACCUCCUGCAGGCCAAGUCCGAGUUCUGGCAUUACAGUUUCUUCUUCCUGGACUACGUGGGCGUGGCCGUGUACCAGUUCGGCAGCGCCCUGGCACACUUCUACUACGCCAUCGAGCCUGCCUGGCACGCCCAGGUGCAGGCCGUCUUCCUGCCCGUGGCCGCCUUUCUCGCCUGGCUUUCUUGCACUGGCUCCUGCUACAACAAGUACAUCCAGAAGCCUGGCCUGCUGGGCCGCACUUGCCAGGAGGUGCCCUCAGCGCUGGCCUACGCGCUGGACAUCAGCCCCGUGGUGCAUCGCAUCGUGGUGUCCCCUGACCCUACCUCAGACGACCCGGCUCUUCUCUACCACAAGUGCCAGGUGGUCUUCUUCCUGCUGGCCGCCGCUUUCUUCUCCACCUUCAUGCCUGAGCGCUGGUUUCCUGGCAGCUGCCACGUCUUCGGGCAGGGCCACCAGCUCUUCCAUGUCUUCCUGGUGCUGUGCACGCUGGCCCAGCUGGAGGCCGUGGCACUGGACUACGAGGCCCGGCGGCCCAUCUAUGAGCCUCUGCAUACCCGCUGGCCCCACAACUUCUCUGGCCUCUUUCUGCUCACCGUGGGCAGCAGUGUCCUGACCGCGUUCCUCCUGAGCCAGCUGGUACGGCACAGACUCAACCGGAAGGCCCAGUGAAUGGCGGGGGCGGGCGGGGGGGGGCAGCUGGGAGGGAGGGAGGGAGGUGUAGUGGGGGCCCAGGGGUCCGGGCUUGGCUCCAGAUGGGAACAAGGCCUGGUAACGUUGUUUGUGUCUGGCGUUCGGUGACUUUCUGUGUAUGCCUCAGCUGCCAGGGGCGGUGAUGGCCAGUCCUUGGAUUUGGGGAUUGGCCGCGAGCUGCUGGGGUUCACCGCUUGGGCCUGCCCUGGGAGAGGAAAAGAGAGAAAAAUGUGGGCCACCUUGGCCUGCCUCCCCCCAUUGCCUCUCGCUAGGGAUGAGGAUUGGGGGUCAGCUGGGCCCAGGACCUUGGUUUGGAGCUUCCAGAUGAUCUGAGAGGGAGUGACAGUGGAAUUCAGGCCAGAGUCUGCUUUGAUCUGAAAGGCAGAAGAGGGCUCAGCAAACCCCCUCUACCCAGAUGUCAUUGGUGGAUAGGAAAGGGGGAGGCUCCUAAUGUGUGUAGCCUACUCUUACCAUUCUUUGACCUCCAGCCUGGAGCUUUAGAGUUCCAGGAAGUCCCCAAAGAUAGAAGAUUGUGUUAAGUGGAAAUGGAUCCCAUCAGUGCCCCAUACCUCUUCAGUCCUCUCCCCACCCGGUGAGCCCCCAGCCUUUCUAGUUCCGGCCUUGAUGUCCUGCAUAUCCUGUUCCCAGCCUGUCUCCUGGUUUCCAUGAUCACCGUUCAGUUAUGCUUUCAGUGUUUCCUGGGCCUCUGCUCAGAGGCAGGCCACCAGCUGGCCUGUGGAUCCAUGCAGGAUGAUAAAAGCUUUCACAUCAGAAUGGCCUGUCAGGGGAAGCACUGAGGAGGGGAAUAAUCAGUGCUGCCUGUGACCCUCAAGGUCUUGGGUUGGAAAGGGUGAAUGGAGAAGUGCAUUCCUGGUAGAGGAAAAACCUAUACAAAGGCCUUCCUUUGUACGGAAGGAGGAGUUCAGUGGGGCUGGACUUAGGGGUGGUCUGAACUCUGAUGCAAUAAAGUAACUGUGAUAACACCA